AGCAGAGCACCGUCUCUCCAACUUAUAUUGUUUUCUUCUGCGACCCUCUUCACCAAACUGAACCCUCUUCUCUUCUGCCAGCUUCUUCACCAGCAAUGGCGUCUUCUUCGCUUCGUCUUCUCUUUCCAUUGCUCCUGUCUUGCAUUGUUCUCUUGAAUCACCAAGUCAAAUGCGAUGAAGCUGAUGAGGAGGAUAAUCUGCUUCAAGGCAUCAACAGUUAUAGGGCUACUGCCUUGAACUUAACAGCCCUUACAAAGAAUGACAAUGCAGAGUGCCUAGCAGAUGAGAUAGCUGACCAAUUCAAAAAGCAACCCUGUACAAACACCACUGGUUCUUUCACAGUACCAGGCACUGAAACCCAGUUUGCCAACUUUCCAGACCUUUUAGCCAAAUGUCAUUUGAAUGUCUCAAACACAAGGGAUGGAGUCAUAAUGCCUGCUUGCGUUCCGAAUCUGGAUCCUACUCUUGUCCUUAACAACUUCACAAAGUCUCAGUACUCAUCGAGUCUUAAUCAGACAAAUUUUACAGGAAUCGGAAUUGGUUCUGAAGAUAACUGGAUUGUUGUUAUUUUGACCACGAGCACACCUGAAGGAAGCUAUGUACCUGCACAAAGCAUUGACAGUGCCGGAGCCGAUACUGGUACCAGUUCAGUUUCCAAGUCCAAGAUCAGUUUGAUUCAAUACUUGCUGUGUUUGCUGAUGGGGUUUGUGUUCCAUUUGUAAACAAGAGGUUUGUCAUACUACUUUUCUGAUUUUCCGACUUAGAGAGAACAAUGAAUUUCCAAUUGGAGCUAUUUCCAUGGUGGAAUUCUAUUUCUUGGGUAACUUGAUGUCCUCUGUUGUAGCUGAUAGUAAACUGUUGAAGAGUUGUGUGAACCAUCAAUAUUGUCAACUGUUUUUCUUCCAAGAUUUUGUGAUAUGAUCGAGGGUGAAGAAAAAGAGGCUGGAUUUACGUUAUUGAAUAAUAUAUGCACUACUAAUUGUCUAAUUCUAUAUCUCAAAGUUGACAAAUGAGGCACAAGGGAGAUAUUUUGGCAUGAUCAGAAGAUUUAAGACACCCUCAUAUUCUUUUUAGCUGUCAUUGUACCAAUUCCCUUUGCUGUCACUAUAUGUUACACACAAAUCUGGUUCAAGCUAAAUAUAAUUAAUUGUAACAGUUUCUUCCUGCUUCCUUUCGACAAUCAAAGUUAACAGGAUGCUAACAAUUACAAACUACAAGGUACACAUGAAGAAAAACUUGUCUCUAAUCCAGAUCUUCCUU